CAGUUUGCUCAAGCCAUGCGUUUUGCCAUUGAGGAAAUUAACAACAGCACAGACCUACUUCCAGGCAUUUCUCUGGGAUAUAAUAUUGAUACAUGCAGUUCCAUUGUCAGAAGCAUAAAAGUUGCACUUGCCUUGAACAACGAUAACAACAAUGUGUCUUCAGUCUCUGAUGAGCCAUGUACAAGACCUGUGCGAGUGCAGGCUAUAAUAGGAGAAAACUCUUCAUCCUCCAGCACAGCAAUAGCUACAAUUCUAGGACCUUUUCAUAUCCCACUGAUCAGCCAUUUUGCCACAUGUGCCUGUCUCAGUGAUAAAUCAAAGUACCCAUCCUUUCUCAGAACCAUACCCAGUGACUACUAUCAGAGCAGAGCUCUGGCUCAUUUGGUCAAACACUUUGGUUGGACCUGGGUCGGAGCUGUUAGAACCAAUGAUGAUUAUGGCAACAAUGGCAUGGCAACAUUUACAGAAACUGCAGAACAGCUGGGCAUCUGUCUGGAAUAUUCUGUUUCUUUCUUUAGAACAGAUUCAUAUGAAAAAUUACAAAAGAUAAUUGAUACUAUCAAGACUUCAACUUCAAAAGUGAUUGUUGCUUUUCUCACUCCUCGGGAAAUGGAGAUACUUUUACAUGAAUUGUCCCUUCACAACUUAACAGGGUAUCAGUGGGUCGGCAGUGAGUCUUGGAUAUUUGAUUCUCAAAUUGCAGCAAUGGAUAAAAAUCACAUCCUAGAUGGAGCUAUUGGACUUUUUAUCCCAAAAGCACAUGUCAGUGGUCUGAAAGAGUUCAUGCUGGAUAUAAAACCACUGAACUCAUCCAACAAUGGGGUGUUUACAGAGUUCUGGGAGGCAUUAUUCAGCUGUAAAUUCAAGCAGACACAAUCAGAGGAGAUUCAAAGAGAAUGUACUGGACAGGAGGAUCUGACUGGAGUGGAAAACAGCUUCACUGACAUGUCCCUCAUGCCCAUUUUAAAUAAUGUUUAUCAAGGAGUGUAUUCAGUGGCCCAUGCUCUGCACAAUAUUUUUGAAUGUAGCAAGACAUGCAACAAAAAUGUGCACAUCGAUCCAUUCAUGAUUUUACAGCACAUUCGAAAUAUUCUAUUCAAGACAAAAGAAGGAGAGGAAGUUUACUUUAAUCAAAAUGGAGAUCCAGAAGCAAAAUAUGAGAUUAUAAACUGGCAGCCAAGAGAUAAUGAUGUUGUGGACUUUGUCUCUGUGGGUCUUUAUGAUGUAUCAUUACCUGCAGACAAACAGCUGAAUCUGCAAAAUAGCACUUUCGUUUGGACUCAGAAUUCAUACCAGGUUCCUGUUUCAGUUUGUAGUGAGAAGUGUCCUCCAGGAACAUGUAAAGUUCUCCAGAAAGGAAAACCUGUUUGCUGCUAUGACUGUAUAAGAUGUGCAGAGGGAGAAAUGAGCAACAUAACAGAUUCUGUCACCUGUGAGAAAUGUCCCUCUGAAUCCUGGUCAAAUGAGAGAAGAGAUGCCUGUGUAACAAAAGAGGCAGAGUUUCUAUCAUAUGAAGAAGGUAUGGGAAUACUUCUCACCACAGCCUCUUUAUUGGGAACAUGUCUGACUGCUGCUGUAGCUGUCAUUUUCUUCAGAUACAGGAAAACUCCUCUUGUCAGAGCAAACAACUCUGAGUUGAGCUUUUUGCUGCUUUUCUCCUUGACUCUGUGUUUUCUCUGCUCCCUGACCUUCAUUGGACGUCCCUCUGAGUGGUCCUGUAUGCUCCGUCACACAGCUUUUGGCAUCGCAUUUGUCCUCUGUAUCUCCUGUGUUUUGGGGAAAACAAUGGUGGUUUUGAUGGCGUUUAAAGCUACACUUCCAGGCAAUAAUGUGAUGAAACUGUAUGGGCCGACACAGCAGAGACUCAGUGUUCUGGGUUUAACCUUUAUACAAGUUGUGAUAUGUGUUCUCUGGAUAACAAUUUCUCCUCCUUUCCCAUCCAAGAACUUUAAAACAUUAAAAGAAAAAAUCAUCUUGGAGUGUGCCCUGGGCUCAGCUGUAGGCUUCUGGUCUGUGCUUGGGUACAUUGGACUUCUUGCUGUUUUGUGCUUUGUGUUUGCUUUUCUGGCUCGGAAACUACCUGAUAAUUUUAAUGAAGCCAAAUUUAUCACCUUCAGCAUGCUGAUAUUCUGUGCAGUCUGGAUCACUUUUAUCCCAGCAUACGUCAGCUCUCCCGGAAAAUUUAGUGUUGCUGUAGAAAUAUUUGCCAUUCUUGCUUCUAGUUUUGGACUGCUGAUUUGUAUCUUCAUUCCAAAAUGUUAUAUCAUUUUAAAUAAACCAGAAAAAAAUACAAAAAAGAACAUGAUGGGUAAGAGGUAACUAAAAUCAUUCUGA